AUGGGAGUUGGUAAAUACAUGAUUAGUCGCAGAUUUACAGUUGGUGGUCAUGAUUGGGUUAUAACUUGUUAUCCAGACGGAGAAACUCAAGAUAGCCAGGAGUAUGUAUCCGUGUUCCUUUACAUAGUAAGCCUUAGAGAAAUUAGGGCAUCGUUUGAGUUUAAGUUACUGGACCAAAGUGGAAAAGGGAAAUAUUGUGUUCAUGGCACUGUGAUAUCACCAAUGACGUUCAACACAGCAGGAACUGUUAGCUCAUGGGGAUUUUCGAAGUAUAUGAAGAGGUCGGAGUCGGAGACAUCAAGUUAUCUCAAGAAUGAUUGCCUUAUCAUUCACUGUACUGUCGGAGUAGUGCAAACUCGUAGUGAAACAGCGGAAACUCUUGUUGAAACAACGCAAACUCGUGUUGAAGAGGAGAAACCUUGUGUUGUUCGUGUAACUCCAUCAUAUAUGAAUCAAAAUCUCAAGGGUUUGAUGGAAUCUGAAACUGGUUGUGAUGUUACUUUUCACGUUGGCAAUGAAUUCUUCAGGGCCCAUAAGUUGAUUCUUGCAGCUCAAUCUCCCGUUUUUAGAUCUCAGUUGUUUGGAUUAAUGGGUAAUCCAGGCAUGGAAACAGUAGUCAUUGAAGAGUUUGAACCCUUUGCCUUCAAGGCCAUGUUGUUGUAUUUGUAUUCAGAUGAACUUCCUGAACCACGUGAGCUUUCUAAUUCAGAUUCUCUUUGCACUUCAACAACCCUCAUGCAACAUCUGUUAGAUGCAGCAGAUCGCUAUGAUCCUGCUCGAUUGAAGCUUAUGUGUGAGGCAAGGUUAUGUGAAGAAAUAAGUGCAAAUACCGUUGCAACAACACUGGUCUUUGCAGAACAAUACCAAUGCCCGCAACUAAAAAAUUUAUGCCUAAACUUUGCAGCUAAACCUGAAAAUUUGGGAGAGGUCAUGAAGUCUGAUGGGUAUGCAUAUUUGGAGAAGUCGUAUCCCUCGUUAUUGACAGAUCUGUUGAGGAUUAGUGCAGCAGGGGUAGAUAACAAAUGA